AUGCUGUUUUGGCACAGCCAGCCGGAGCACCUGUGGCCCAGCCCCGGGGAACUUUACCCCGGGCCACCAAGCAGCUUGCUCAGGGAGGCCUUGCCCUUGCCCUACCUGAAGCAGGAAGAGCCGCCCAACAUCCCCCGUGCGGAACCGCCCUGCCCCGCCUUCCAGUACGUGCUCUGUGCAGCUACCUCGCCAGCUGUGAAGCAGCAGGAGGAGACCCUCACCUACCUGAACCAGGGCCAGUCCUAUGAGGUGAGGAUGCUCUGCAACCCCAAACUGGGCGAUGCCACACAGGGGCCCCGGCUGCUGAAGAGUGUGGUGCGUGUGGUUUUCCACGACCGGCGCCUGCAGUACACGGAGCAGCAGCAGCUGGAUGGGUGGAGGUGGAGCCGGCCUGGGGACCGCAUCCUGGACAUAGAUGUGCCACUGUCCGUGGGGGUGAUAGAACCCCAAGUGCUACCCUCACAACUCAACACGGUGGAGUUUUACUGGGACCCGGCCAAGAGGACCUCCCUCUUUCUGCAGGUUCACUGCAUCAGCACUGAGUUCACUCCUAGGAAGAAAGGUGGAGAGAAAGGUGUUCCCUUCCGCCUUCAGAUCGACACUUUCAAGCCCAGUGACAAGGAGCUUUCCCCGGAGCACCUGCAUUCAGCUGGCUGCCUCAUCAAGGUGUUUAAGCCCAAAGGAGCUGACCGGAAACUGAAAACUGACCGGGAGAAGAUUGAGAAACAGCCCGUGCAUGAGAGAGACAAGUAUCAGACAGCCUGUGAGAGCACAGUCUUCAUGGAGUGUUCACCGUGGCCAGAGCCCAGUUCGGGACCCCACCCGCCUCUGAGCCCUCUUGCUCUGACCUCCCCCAACUCCUGCAAGCUCCUGUCCGCGGAGAGGCUCUGCUCCUCACCACCAUUCGCCUCGGACACCUUGGGGGGCAGCCCAGCUCAGGAUCUGAACCCUGGAGCCUCCAUCCUAGAGACACAGCAGUGGUUGCAUCGGCACCGGUUCUCCAACUACUGUCGGUCGCUGGCCAAUUUCACUGGCACUGACCUGCUGAAGCUUACCCGCCAGGACCUUAUCCAGAUCUGUGGAGCUGCCGACGGGAUCCGCCUUUUCAAUACUCUAAGAGCCAGGCCCAUCCGUCACCGGCUGACCUUAUAUGUCGCUCAGGAGGCCUCUAGGCAAGAGAACGAGGUUCCUAAGAACCCUGACUCAGGCUUUUAUCAAGAGAUCUCUCUGGAUGAACUCAGUGCUGUAGAGCUCAUGGGGAAACUGGCUGAACUGCUGGACCUCCCAGCCAAUCAGAUCCAUCGGCUCUUCCACCAGGGCCCUGGGGGCAUCCUCAUUCUCCUCAGUGACCAGGUGGUUCAGAAUCUUGAGGAUGAAUCGUACUUUGUGGCUGUGGUGAAGAAAGUGCAGAAUCCAGAUGGCUACUACCUGGUUCUGACCUAG